GGUACUGUGGUGACAGGUUACCCAGUGCUUCUUCCCACUAUCUCAUCAACGUCAAGGUUAACUCUGUAUCAACCUCCGGACUGUUAGUUUCUCUUGUCCCGGGGGCCUGCAGGAUUGCAGUGCUGCCCUCCUUUCAUCUACAACUUUUACAGGGUACCUUCCACCGCUAGAUUUUCAUGUCAUACCAUCCACUGGGCCAGUCAGAAGAAUGCAAGAAGAUAACUGCGAUGCCUCCACCUCCAUAACUCAGCUUCUGAGGGAGAGUUAUUUAGCUGAAGUCCGAAUACAACAAGAGCAUGGCGAGAAAAGCCGAUUAGAAGGUCUCUCACAGCAUUCUCACUAUGGCAGUAAAUCCGGGGAUUCCCAGGAUUUAGAUGGUCAGGAUGAAUCUCCUGACCUAUCUGCAUUUUUGAGCCAGGAAGAAUUGGACAAAAGUGUAGAUUUGGCUCAUCAAGCUAUUGGCCUAUGCUCACAUGAAGUGAACAAAGAUGAAAAGCAGAUCACUUUAAACAUCCCCAACAAAGAUUCUUCUGACAUUUGCAAACCAACAGGGAACAAAAAAGUUUCAGAAUUGAAAGGUUCCUCAGAGAAAUCUAAUAACAUUUCUUAUCAGUGUGAAAAUUUCAGCAAGAGCUCCUGCAGCUCAAAAGAAAUUUUCAAAGAAUUAAAAAAGCAACCAAAGACCACUCCUUGCAGUACAGAAAGUGAGUCCAAAAAAGAUUACUUGAGUAAAGCUGCAGAUUUCAUUGAGGAGUUAUCUUCGCUCUUUAAAACAAACAGUUCAAAACGAGUUAAACCUAGAACCUGUAAAAGCUCUCGAAGUAGGGCACAAGCAAAAUCUCAUUCACGAACUCAACAUUCAAAUUGGUCUGUUGAUGAGAGGGAAAGGGCACACGUUCCAUUUUCUGCACAAGUGUGUGAUGAAAGCAUACCAAAGCAAGAAUCUGAAGAAAUAGCACAGGCUCCAGUUCUCCCGGCUUCUACUGAAAAAAUUACGAUAGAAGCUGAAAACAAUGAAGUUCAGUCAAAGCAUUUAUCUAUUGAAGAUACCAAAGGAGAUCCACCACGAUUCAGCCAGCGACUGAAGAGCAGGGAAGCAGCAGAGGGAAGCAGAGUCCAACUUGAAUGCGUUGUGACAGGAUUACCAAAACCUGAAGUGAGGUGGUACUGUGAAAGAAAGGAACUCAAGAACUCAUCUGACAUUCAGAUUGCCUAUGAUGGUAAUCAUUGCUCACUGAUCAUUUCUGAGGCCUUUGUUGAAGAUACAGGACGUUACACUUGCUUGGCUUCAAAUAUAAAUGGAUCAGACACAACAUCUGCAGAACUUUAUAUCGAAGGGCUCACUUCAUCUGAAUCUGAACAUGACUCUGCAAAGGAAGAAAUAAGCGAGGUUCAGGAUGACACUCCCAUUGCAGUUGUAGAUCCAUCCCCUCCUCACAAUCCUCUAAAUACUAAUUCAGAACAUCAUCAGUUACGUUGCCCAGGUGUCCUGUCUGAAGUACAACCAAUACAACAGAUACAAAGCCCGACAAAAUUCCUCCAAGGAUUAGAUGGGCUUCCCCUUAUGGCCGCUCCAGUUUUCAUAAAGCCACUGCAAGAUGUGACAUCAAUAGAGGGACAACUGGUCGUAUUGGAAUGCAGAAUAAAAGGAGUACCUUUCCCGAAAAUAGAAUGGUACAGAGAGGAAACGUUAAUUGAAGAUUCUCCUGAUUUCCGAAUCCUGCAGAAAAAGCCAAGAUUAACGAGUGACUCAGCGGAGAUCUGCACCCUGGUAAUUGCUGAAGCUUUUGCUGAAGACUCUGGGAUGUUUACAUGUACAGCUAGCAACAAGUACGGCACCAUGUCCAGCUCUGCUCAUCUCAACGUCCGUGGAACUGAAGAUCACAAUGCUGUUAACCUGAAUGCUUCAAGCUCGGUGAUUGUUGAGGCCACUGCAACAAAUAUGCAGAUCCAGCCAAAUAAAAUGCUGUUACAAUCCAGUGUGCCUUUUAAGCCGAAACUGGAGAGUGUUCUUGUGAACCACCAAGACCACAAGCCUAAAGCUGGGUUGCGAGUUCAUUUUAAAUUACCUGAAGAUGAUGCAGGAAGAGAACCUUCGUUUGAGGAGGGACAUGACAAAACUAACAAACAGAAUACCUGGACAUCAGGGCAAAUUUCACCCACAAAAGAGCCUCCACCUGUACUUGCCAAACCAAAACUCGAUUCUCUCCAGUUGCGACAGUUGCACAACCAAGUUCUACUUGAACAACAGCAAGAUCCGAGUGAAAUACAGUCGACGACACAAUCGCCGUCCUUGUCCACCUCCUUCCCAUCUUCAUCUCCAGCCACCAUGAAUAUUCCCACUUCUACUCCUCAUGUGUCUGCUCAGAUACCUUCUGCCAGCAGGUCACCAAUGCCAACCAACACUCUGCCCCAGGCAUUUAAUUACACCCGUCCGAAACAGUUCAUUGCUGCUCAGAAUGUCAGAAGUCAUUCACCAUCAUUUUCUCCUCUGCCCACAUCGAUCACGAUAUCACAAAAAACAGAGAAGGACGAUGGUAAAGAGAAUUACUUUGGAUUCUCACACACACAACACCAUGUCAUGUAUCCCAGUUCACCAACCCCCGUUUCAUAUGGUUAUUCAACAAAUGCAAUUGGACAAACGACUCCCCUUGUUCCACCUCUUCUAAAUUUCCAGCCUCGGAUUGCAUCACCAGUUCACAACUCUGUGGCUUUCCUCAGCUCCGUGCUACCAUCAUUGCCCUCUGCACCACCUACCAAUGCAAUGGGUCUACCCAUGGGUGCUCCAGUAAUUCCUGUACAAGGUGUCAUGAAGAAAAUGUUGAAAUCACCUCGAAUGUCCUCCAACGAUGAAAAACGCGAAAGCAAGGAUGCUGUAAUGCGCGAUUUAGAUAGAAUGUCAAGCUUCAAAGAUGAUCUUUUCCUCACUGGGCAGCAGAAAGUAAUUUAUGAGGAUAAAAUGGCCCACAGAUUUUUUGGAUCAAAUUCUCCUUCUGUCAUUAAUUUUGAUGAGGUAAAGAAUAUGUCAGUGUCGCAGGAAUACAAGGUGUCCGGUUUUGAACAAAGACUUAUGAAUGAAAUUGAAUUCCGCCUGGAGAGAACUCCUGUGGAAGAAUCUGAUGAUGAAAUCCAACAUGAGGAUAUUCCGACAGGGAAGUGCAUUGCACCCAUUUUUGACAAAAAACUCAAACAUUUCCGAGUGGUUGAGGGAUCAGCAGUAGCCUUCAGUUGCAAACUUGUGGGCAUACCUGUACCAAAAGUAUAUUGGUUUAAAGAUGGUAAACAGAUUUCCAAAAAGAAUGGACAUUUUAAGAUGAAGCGAGAAGGUGAUGGUACUUGCAUAUUGUACAUUGAAUCAGUCAUUAAUGAUGAUGAUGGGAAUUACACAGUUAUGGCAGCAAAUCCACAGGGAAGAAUCAGCUCAUCAGGGCACCUCAUGGUACAGAGUACUCCAUUCCGUAGUCGUAUCAUACCAUCUAUUCAGAGGCAAAGGACAAGGUCUCGUGUGACAGAAGGUGAAGAACCCGUACAGGAGCGAUUUUUCUGCCCUCAUUUUCUUCAGGCACCUGGUAACAUGGUAGCUCAUGAAGGACAAGUUUGCCGAUUAGACUGCAAGGUGAGUGGUCUGCCGAAUCCUGACCUUAUGUGGCUGCUGGAUGGAAUACCUGUUGUGCCCAAUUUUACCCACAAGAUGCUGGUGCGCGAAAAUGGAAUUCACUCCCUAUUGAUUGAUCCUCUUACAGCAAGUGAUGCAGGGACUUACACAUGCAUUGCAACAAACAAAGCAGGACAAAAUGCAUUCAGUUUGGAGCUCUCUAUUGUAGCAAAAGAAAUUACAAGGCAACCAGUGUUUAUUGAGAAGCUGCAGAACACAGGAGUUGCAGAGGGCCAUCCAGUUAGAUUGGACUGCAGAGUGAUGGGCAUGCCACCUCCCUUUAUCUAUUGGAAGAAAGAAAAUGAGACGAUCGUUGCCAACAGGGACAGAAUAAGCUUGCACCGAGAUUCUACAGGAUAUGUCUGUCUUCUGAUCCAGCCAACCAAGAAGGAGGAUGCUGGUUGGUAUACAGUGUCUGCCAAAAAUGAAGCAGGAAUUGCAUCUUGCACAGCAAGACUGGAUUUAUAUGCUCAGUGGCACCAGAACAUUAAGCAGCAAAUAAGGAAAGUACAAUCUCCAAGCAGUCGAUAUGCUGCUCUUACCAGCCAAGGACUUGAUUCUAAAUCUGCUUUCACAUCAGUAGACACCCCACAGAUUCCAGCCAAACAAAAUGCAAUGGAAAGUGAUGAACUGUGAUGUUUCUGAUGGAGUUAUUUAAUUAUAUUUGCUUCUGCAAAACUUUGAAAAGUGAACAUAAUAGAUGUCAAAUGAUCAAGGUUUACAUAAGUUGUUUUUCAAGAGCAUAGUACCUUUGCAAAUGCAAUAUGCAACGGCUGAAAUGAUUAUAUUUAAUUAGCAUGUAGACACUACAAAGAAGCAAUAUGAUGAUUUCUAUAGUUCCUUUUUAAUAUGAUGGCAAAAUGCUAUUCAUGAAUGUAAAUGUUAACAAUGUCACAGUUGAAAUAUGUUACUAGGUGUUCCGUAAUCAAAGCACAUUGGAUGUCAAUCGCCAACAAUUUUGAAUGUCUGUUAAUGUUCUGUUUUACGGAGGCUUUUAAAAGCAAUGUGAUAAGGAAAAGGUGAUCCGUAUUAAAGAGAGCGAUAUGAAAUGUUUGGUUCUGACAGGCCAAGCAGAUUAUUUUCACAUGCACAUGGCUCUCUGAAGCUCAUUCACGCUACACCAAAUCAUCGCAUAAUUACCCAGUGUUUCUUUAUUAUGAUAUUACAUGCUGGUACAAUGCAUUAAGUUGUAUGUACCAGUUAAAUCCUUUGACUGCAGUGAACAAAUUUACUCAUGUUUUUGUGUUCCUUUAUAACAAUUAAAUUACUAUGUUUUUUUGAUUGUCUAUUAAAAAGGUUAACUUUCCUUCAGAGCUGCUUUGUGAGUAAUUUACGCUUUUAAGUUUGAAACGGCUAAUCACAGAGGUCCAUUGAUUGUGAGAUUCCUGUCAUUCUUUUUCUUUAACUGCUUUGGUUGGUGUUAAAGUUAGCCACAUGGCUACCUACUCGUGUGAUGAGUGAAACAUCCCCUCCAUUUUACACGGGACAAUUUUACCUCAAACCGAAAAUGUAUAUGGAUCCACACAGAAGAGAACUUUCAAUGAACUAAAGAGUAAACCUUUACAAGUUUUUUUAAUGUUUACCUAUUAUGCUCGGUAACAUAUCACCGUAGAAAUGAUUGCACAUACCUGAGUAUUAAUCCACCAAAGAUAGUAACUGCUCCAAAACAGCAGUUUCUUUUAUUUUGUUUUCAAAUAUUUUUCACAUUGCUGAAAGUGAGAUAGAACUUUAGAUUUUUUUUCAGGAUGUUUAGGAGUUACGAAGAGAUUCACCGAAUCAAUUUACACAAGCUUCAAUAUUACAUUAAGUGCAGGAAGAACACAUCUUUGGCUUGAGUCAAAUAUUUCAAUGUAAGCUUGCACUUGUAAAGAAUUAAUGGAUUGUUUAUCUUGCGA